AUGCACUACGCCCCUCCCCCUUCGUCCGACAUCCCAGCAACGCUCCCACCUUUCCGCGACGUCAAGCCAAUCCCAAACAGCCUCCUCGACCACAGCACCAUCUGCUUCGAAGAAGGGCUCUACUCCCAAGGCUUCGCCCUCCAAUCGCGAUGUCUCGAGUCCGGCGUCGAAACACAAACUCCCGCACGCGUACCACCUCCUCCACACCUCACCUUCGCGUCGACGCUGACGGUGCACCCGAGCUUCACGACCAGGACGGUGAAGGCGGAGCGACAUGUUGCGUCGAAUGACGCUUUGAAGUAUCUCAGACAGGCGGUCAACACGCUCGGUGCGAGAGAUGCGGAGAUGAAGACGGCGUUUCGUUUUGAGCAGAGGGAGGGAUUGAGUGAAAGGUCGAGGAGGGCGAAUACGAGGCGUUCGGACGCGAAUAGUGCUGAGGAUGAAGAGGUCGACAAGCCGGGAUUCAUACGCAGCGAUUACUACCAGAAACAAUCUCUCUGGAGCCAUGCGGAGGAUUUCUGGGCGAUCGUGGGGUGGGCGUUUAAUUGUAGUGUGCUGCAUAAGGCGAGGUGGGAGAGGUGGAAGGCUUGGUUGGAGCAGAUGCUUGAUCUUCUGCAUAACGAUUUGGAGAGGCAUGUCCAACUGCAUAAGGACGAGGGCGUGGAUGUUGGGGAAAGUCUGCUCGCGCAAUAUAUUUCAGUGGUGGGAGAGGGGCGGAAUAACAGACGCAGGAUCAUGCGUGCUAUCACUGCAGACGGCACCAAGAAGAUGGCGGCGGAGUUUGGGGAGGUCUGGAAGGACGAGACGAAGCCUCCGACGAAGAAGAAGGAAGUCGAUUAUUCGUCUAAGCGGCGCAAGCUUGAUCUCGACAACAACCAGUUUGGCGAUUAUGGAGACCCGGAUUCGGAAGACGAGGUGUCAUCGGAUGGAAAGAAACGGAAAUCUGGAUCUCUGGACGAAGGGUCUAGCAGAAGGGGCAAACGAGCCUCCAAAAGCGAUGAUGUCGACGAAGACGAUAUCGGCAGCACAUCAACCCUCACCUUCGGAGACAUGGACUCCAUCCGCCUCCGCCAGCGCCUCCUAACCCUCCUAACCCGCUUCAGCGAAGUCGCCCCAGACAAGUUCAUGGACAUCGACGAACUCUUCUCCCUCUUCACCGAAUUCCUACGACCCCUCCCGCUCGCCAUCUUCCAGCAUUUCGCCAUGCCGCUGACCCCUUUCCUAAGCCCAAAGUACUCGGCGACCCUCACGGAGAUGCUCUUCCGACCGUUACUAGGCACGAACAACGGAAACGGAUGGGUCGACCAGAAUGCUUUCGAGAAUGACUUUGCGCCUCACGCUGCUAUUACGACGUUGGCAGUCGACAACGCCAAGGUCAGUCUGCUCGUGGAGAGUUUAUUGCGGGCGUUGUGGAAUGCGAACAUCCUCUCCGGGGACGGGGUUUCGUUGAGGGAGAGCGUGGAGAGGGGCAUCGCGGCGCGGGAGGACAAGGUCGCGUUCGAUGGACGGAAGAAGACUGGUAGGAACGGUUUUCUUGACGAACAGGCGAGGACGACGCUGCGGUGCUCGGCGGAGCGGAUGCGGGUUUUGUUGGAUUUGAUGGCUGUUUCGUGA